AUGAUCCAUAUAAAGAUAAAGAUUUUCAACAAAAAAAUUGAAUAAGAUAUUCUUGACGCUGCUGUAUUAUCCUCAAAUAAAAAAAUUAAAAUUCCUUUAAGGAAACCAUCUUAGUCUUUUAAAUAAUAUAAACAACAAAACUAAGAUUUAAAUGCUUCCUUAGAUUCUCUAACUGAUGACUAAUCCUUAAAUCCAAUGUAGACAAUCUAUACUGAUAAAUUACUUGAAAAAUAAUACACAGAUAGAUUUAGCAAAACGAUCAAGGCUAUUUAAAAAAUUAACAAUUAAAAAAUGACAUUGUUCUAAAAAUAUGUAAAACUUGAAGGAAUAUCUCCAAUCUGA